AUGAGUCCUGCUCCGUCUGGCAACAACUCUUCGGAGUUGACUAUGGCCGUAAUCGGCUGUGGUACAAUGGGUAUCGCUAUCCUUUCUGGCAUCCUCACCUCCCUCGAUGAGAUGCAAGAUUCCAGCAAGGAGUCUUCAGGAACCUCGACCCCUCUCUAUGAAACCGCCCCGACUACUCGGCUGCCCAGGCGAUUCAUCGCCUGUGUGCGCCGCCCCGAGACAACCAAGAAGCUCAAGGCCACUUUCCAGGCUCACGCUUCCGCUGUUUCGAUCGUCCAAAAUGCCAACGUCGCCGCUGCUCAGGAAGCCGAUAUCGUUCUCCUUGCCUGCAAGCCCUACAUGGCAAAGGAAAUACUCUCUGAGCCUGGCAUGGCCUUUGCGCUUCAGGGCAAGCUCCUGAUCAGCAUCCUGGCCGGCGUGACGGAGUCCCAGAUUGAGGCUCACCUUGUUGCUGCCAAUGGUGGUGCCCCUCUCGACCCUCCUUGCCGCAUCGUCCGCGCCAUGCCCAACACCGCAGCCCUCAUCCGCGAGAGCAUGACGGUCAUCGGUAUCACCAACCCCCCGCUUGACCCGGACACCAUGGGCCUGGUGACCUGGAUCUUCAAGCGCAUCGGCGACGUUGUCUAUCUGCCGCCAUCGACUAUGGAUGUGUGCACUGCGCUGUGCGGGUCUGGCCCGGCCUUCUUUGCGCUGGUCAUGGAGGCUGCUAUCGAUGGCGCUGUUGCCAUGGGUCUGCCGCGUGCUGAGGCCCAGCGCAUGGCUGCGCAAACUAUGAAGGGCGCUGCGGCACUCGUAUUGAAUGGAGAUCAUCCUGCGUUGCUUAGAGACAAGGUUAGCACUCCGGGUGGCUGCACGAUUGGCGGCCUGUUGGUUCUAGAGGAGGGUAGAGUCAGAGGCACCGUGGCCAGGGCGGUUCGCGAGGCGACCGUGGUAGCUAGCCAGCUGGGCCAAGGCGUUCAGGGCGUGAACGGGACGAGGUUCCCGACGAACAACUAUCAAUAA